CGCAGAGUCGCAGCCAAUUUGCAGACUCGCAAAAUUUCUUCCGGUUCAGAAGUGUCCGUAUCUGGCUCGCCUGGCCACGCCUUGCAACGCUCCUUACGCCUUCCCCGUGCUAAACGUGCAACUCGCGAAGCAGCUGACCUCCUCGGGCGAUUUCCUGCCGCCUCGCUCCGACGCGCUCGCCGACGCGCGCGAAGGCAUGCCUUUAAAAACACUGGUUGACACCCUUAUUAGAGAGAGAGAGAGAGAGAGAGAGAGAGAGAGAGAGCUGGAAGAGGUUAGGCUUCCCUUUUUCGUGUGGGUGUUAAUAAUGUUUGCUUCAACUUCUGUAAGAGCCGCUUCUCGUUCUUCUCCGAGUGCUAUCAAAAGGGGCUCUUUUCUCUGGUUCAGUUGUGUAGCACAAAAUGUUUUCGAUCUCUCUUUGCCAACCAUAACACGUUUUAGACAGUCUCUUUCUUGCAAUAUGUGUAUGCAAAGGCAAAGAUACAGUGUAUUGAUGUCUUUCUUAGAAGUUCCAUGUGUAUCCUCCUCGUUCGAUUCUUCAUUGGUGCGGAGAUCAAAUAUUUUUGAGAGUCAAAGUGUUCUUAGAAACUGUCUGCCUGCUAGAUGCAUGAGUAGUACAUCAAUUGAGCUGAAUACAAACAAUGAUGUUGUGAGGUUUUCAUUUGGUAAGCCACUUGAUAAAACUGGUUCCUCCACCAAAGGGAAGAAGAUGGCCAAACGAGCUGAAGUGUCCAAGAAGGCCAAACUGAAUGAACUGCGAUUUUACCGUCUAAAGGCCAAGAAGAAGAUGAAUUCUCCUAAUCCAGAAGUUAGAAUUAGAUACAAACUUGAAAAGGCAAAACGAAAGGAAGCAUGGUUGAUUGAGAAGUUGAUGAAAUUUGAGGUUGCCAAAGCCCCUGCUGAUAUACAUGAUCCUGAAAUUUUAACUGAAGAAGAAAAACAUUAUCUUAAGAGAACUGGUGAGAAAAAGAAGAAUUAUGUCCCAGUAGGAAGGCGGGGAGUUUUUGGAGGUGUGGUUCUAAAUAUGCAUCUGCAUUGGAAGAAGCAUGAGACAGUAAAGGUUAUUUGCAAGCCUUGUAAGCCAGGACAGGUUCAGGAAUAUGCUCAAGAGCUUGCUAGACUGAGUAAAGGCAUUGUGAUUGACAUAAAAUGUAACAAUACUGUAAUUUUCUACCGGGGAAAGAACUAUGUUCAGCCGAAAGUAAUGUCACCUGCGGAUACACUAUCUAAAAAUAAGGCCCUGGAAAAAUAUAAGUAUGAGCAGUCCCUUGAACAUACAAGUCAGUUCAUUGAAAAACUGGGGAAAGAACUGGAAGAGUAUCACAAGCACCUUGCUCGGUUUAAGAAAGUAAAUGAGAAUGCAACACAAGAUUCUUUGAUCAACACAUGAAUGGUAAGUCUCCUCUGCAGGUGCACAAAAUUUGGCAAGGGACAGUGAUUGGCAAAAGCUCCAAAAUCUGAGUAUCUGAAGUGCUAGCAAAACGACCCACAAAAUCUGAUAUUGUGCCUUGCAUGUGUUUGGUCUUAAGAAAAGUGCAUGCAUCCUUCAUAGGGCUAGGUCACAAUGCAUUUCAAUGAUCGGGCCAUCUAUAUUUUAGGUUACCCUUCAAGAGUUAUCCCUGCAAUCUGGCAAGUGCAGGUUAUGAACAAAUAAGUGUAGGGAACACGGGGUUGGAUUGGAAGACUGAUAUGA